AUGCCUCGUGCCCCAAGAACUUACUCCAAGACUUACUCUGUCCCAAAGCAACCAUUCGAGUCUGCUCGUUUAGACGCUGAAUUAAAGUUAGCUGGUGAAUACGGUUUAAAGAACAAGAGAGAAAUCUACAGAAUUGGUUUCCAAUUGUCUAAGAUUAGAAGAGCUGCUCGUGAUUUAUUGACCAGAGAUGAAAAGGACCCAAAGAGAUUGUUCGAAGGUAAUGCUUUAAUUAGAAGAUUAGUGAGAACUGGUGUCUUAUCCGAAGACAAGAUGAAGUUAGAUUAUGUCUUAGCUUUACAACCAGAAGAUUUCUUAGAAAGAAGAUUACAAACCCAAGUCUUCAAGUUAGGUUUAGCCAGAUCUAUCCACCACGCCAGAGUCUUGAUCACCCAAAGACACAUUGCCGUUGGUAAGCAAAUCGUCAACGUCCCAUCCUUCAUGGUCAGAUUAGACUCCCAAAAGCACAUCGACUUCGCCCACAACUCCCCAUACGGUGGUGGUAGAGCCGGUAGAGUUAAGAGAAGAAACCAAAACAAGGAAUCCGGUGACGGUGACGCUGAAGAAGAAGAAUAA